GGAAGCGUGUAACUAUAAAAUGCUGUUGACUUUCCUUGUUUACGCACACGUUAUUUAACUUAUUCUGAUAAACCAAAGUGAUAUCUUUAGUUUCCAACAAAAUACUUACAAAUCUGAUAUUGCGUUUAACGCAAUGGCAGGAAUCAGAUCAACGUGGCUCGACGAUUCUCAUUUGUCAUAUUUAAUUGCGGACAGUUUGUUGAAUGCAAUUGGGGAUCCAGACUUGCAAAGAAUACGGCGACACAUAAUGGAUGUUUUAGAUCAACUAAGUUUUUCAAGUAGCCAAAUGGAAGUGAUUAGGUCUGGUGGGUGUGCAGAGGGAUUCCGCAUGAAAGGAACAGAUGUAGAUCAAAUGUACGUGGAUAAGUUGACCAAAGUUGUUGCAGAAACUCCCAAGAACCUUUGCACUUCUUUAGCAAUCGUGAAACUAAUGCAGCUCUCAAAAGUACCACCCGGGUAUGUAAAUCUUGUUGUGUUAACUCCUCAUACGUCAGUGCCACAUAUAAGGAAAUCAAUGCAAAGGGAAGCAGGCGAAUAUUUUUUGUCGAGCGAAGCAUUUGUGAGAUGGUACAAGGAUUUAAGUCCUGAUGGAAUAUUGCAUGGACCAUGUGUAAUGGAUCGAAGUGAACAUGGAACAGAUCACGAUAGAGCAUUUUGUCUGGAAUACACAGAGUGGCCUGUAUAUGCAAACGAAUGGCUUGAAAGGAAAAGGUCUUUUGAUUGGCCACCAAGACAACUCAUCAGAAAAAUAAAAACCCUGGGGUGCCAUUUAAUGCCAAUUGGAUCAAAAAAACUAAGGGAAGAUUUUGUGGCGGAUCACUUUGAGAAGUCGAUGUGGAUAGGAGACCCUCUUCAAUGGAGGCUUUCUUUCUCCCUUGCAGAGAAGGAAUUAGUUUAUUCGUUUAAUAACACACAAUUUUUGGUUUAUGGAAUUUUCAAGCUUUUGAACCUAGAGGUAUUUUCACAAGAUUCAACUGUCAAAGACUGUAUCUGUUCUUACUUUCUAAAAACAGUCUUGUUUUGGACAAUUGAAGAAACUCCAUCUGAUUAUUGGAAGCCAGAGCGUUUGGUUUUUUGUGUCGACAUUUGCUUUCAAAGACUAAUUGAAUGGACAAGAAAUGGGUUUUGUCCAAAUUAUUUUGUUCGUGAAAACAACAUGUUCAUGGGAAAAGUAGAAGAAUGGCAAUUGGAUUAUAUAGCCGUUAAACUUUCUGAGUUACAUAAUGAAGGAUGGAGGUGCUUGCUACGUUGUCAUUCAUUACACCAUUUGAAGAGAGCCUUAGAAAACGUUAGACUAAAAUAUACAAGUACUACAAGUUCAUUUUUCAUCUCAAACCCAGAGGAAGACUUCAAAUGUUUGAAGUCCUCCAUAAGGAAUGAAGAUAAACUACAAGUUGAAGCAAACGUGGAUUGUGUCUUAUUUAGCGAAAUACUAACCAGAAAACCCAAACUUCCGAAUGAAGUCGUUCUGGAAACAGAACUGAGGAAAUCGCUUACACUGGAAAUCCAAAGAAAAUUCGAUGCUUUAGAUCUGGGAAUAUUAAGAUUGCGUCGAUUCCAUGAUCUUUGUCAGCUUGCUCUAAUAUACUUGAAUAUUUUUCUAACAAAAAACAGAACUCGAAGUAGUUAUACAUGCAUUCGAAAAGCAUUUAGCUACUUACAUUUUGCUCGUUAUUCUGAUAUAAGCAGAGGGAAUUUAACACUUGCAACUGCUUACUACUGUUUGGGGAGGUUCAAUACAGCUUUGAGAUACACCAAGAAAUAUGAUGACAUACUUAGUAAAGGCCUUGGUUGUAUUCACAACCGUAAUCGUUCACGUGUUGUUUACAUGGAUACGAAUUAUUGUCAAAACUUCUGUGGACGGGGACUCAGCAUCUUGGAAAAAAUGUCACUGGCGGUAUCGUACGACUUUGCAGUCUAUCGAACAAUGCCCCUCAUUCCAAAUGAAAUAGCGCUGGAGGUAGUAAUGAUGAGAAAAACAGAAUCGCGUUUUUUCAUUCCACCUGGUAUGUACUCGUUGUUUCUGAAAAUUCUUUGUUACACUAACAAAGGCAAUUUAAAAAUGGUUGAGGAAUUGUCAAAAAAGCUUGAAGAUUCUCUGCGUCAGAUUGAGAAAGAAGACCUGUAUUUGAACUACAUCAUGCUUGCAGUUGCUUCGGUUAAAUUGGGAAACUUCGGAAGAGCUUUGCAGUAUUAUUGUCUGGCUCAUAUCCACAAAAAAAGACUGGUCUUGUAUAACUUUGAUCGCACGGAAUGGCAGACUAGAACAUCAGUUUUAUUUUACAUUGCUCAAUUGCUUCGAAGUUUGAUGCCAGUAUGAUGCAGAAAAAAAUCCUAUUAUUGCUCCUAAAAGUCUUUAAAAGUGUUUGUGAAUACGCGUGCAGAAGAAUUCGUAAUUGAUGUCUUGCGUGGAAUUCCGUUAUCUGUGGGGAAACUAAGAAAUAUCACAUUUCCUGGUUCAAAUAUAGAUGCCACUUUAGUCUACAGUAGCAUUUUAGUACAAAUAUCAGUAUCCUUAUGAAAAUCAAUGAAACACCUAUGACAGUAUUAUUGACCGUCAUGUGAAUCUACGUGAAUCUAUAAAUGGAGCUUGAUUGAAAUCACAUUCUUUUAUGGCAUCUAUGGAUAUUAUGUGCAAUUCUAAUAGAAUCCCCUGAUUCAUACUUGUAGGACAUAAUGGGUGUUACUUUCUGGACAAAAUCGAAAGUGAUUUAAAUAACGUCUUGCUUUUAAUCAGCGAAAGAAUUCGAUAUAUUUUCAAGUUUUAUUUUUAAUAAAACAAUAACACAAUAAAACAGGAACAAAUAACUUUGGUAAAUAAAUGUUAACAUGUGCUUUUUUGGUUUUUGGAUAAUUUUUUUUGUGAAAAUACUUCAAAGAAUAUAGCCCAGCUUUUUUUUUUUGAAUUCGAUCUAAAUUCAGAACUGGUUUUCUUUGUGAAAUCAAUUUUUAAAAGAAAAAACCCCUCAGAAUUUAGCUUCCCGUCGAUAUUCAGUAUUAAAUAAAGCUAAAACUUAAGUAUAAAGUAGUUACGUGUAUAUUGUGUAAAAGUUUGUUAAAUUUUUUUUUAUAACAUGAAUUAAAUUAACAGACAUCAUCAAGAACAAGUUUCCCAAUGGCCACAUCGUAACACAUAAGUAACAAAACCCACCAAUUAAUCGUAAUUGCUUUAUGCUAUCAAACACAAGUUAUUUAGACAAUUAAGCACAGAAUCUUGUUUAAAAAGACGCAAGAUAAACAGAGGGACGAAAAAGGUACAGUACCGAUCAGACCCAACCUAACACCAGAGUAAACCCCAACUAAACCCUGGGUUUACUUUUGGUGUUUACCUGGGGUUUACUCUUGGUUUGCUUUUUGAAAAUUUGGGUCCACUCGGGGUUUACUUUGUUUUUACUCUGGGUUUACUUUGAAAUUGCUUUUGAGGUCAACUGUAUGCUUUGAAGUGUGAAGCAGACUAGUAUUUUAUCAUACCAUCCUACUGCCUGUAAUUCCUACCCUUUGUAUAUUCCGAAUACACAGUAAGGGUCUGCUUUCAGGGGUAUACUUCUGACUGGGUUUACUCUCUGUGUCCACUCUGCAGGGUUUACUUUGGGUUUACUCUGGGUCCACUCUAGUAAACCCGAAGUAAACCCAGAAAGUAAACCCAGGGUUUAGUUGGGGUUUACUUUCUGUUAGGUUGGGUCUGAUCGGUACUGUAGUCAGAAUAGCUCACUUGAGUUUUCAGCUCAGGUGAGCUUAAAAUUAUAGAUUGAACAUUAAAUGUUAAAAACACAUUGUUUUUAUUUAUGGCUUUUUUUUUUAAAUUCCUUUGGACUGUCACUAAUUUGAUCUAAUUUUGAUAUUGUUACGAAUUGGAUUCUAACCAAAAACCAUAUCUAUUAAUGGUAAACUGACAUAACUCCGACACAAGAAAGUUUAACGGAGUUAUACACAGUUCUUCAAACACCGGUAUACAUGUAAAUACUGAAGUUAUUCAUCCAUUCUUCUUCAUAGAUAUCAAAUUAACUUUAAAAGUCAUAUUCUGCACUGAAAAGAUAGAUUCACUAAAUAUUUUUUUCAUAACCUGCUAAUUACGCGGGUUAUGUAUUUUUUCUGCAAUGACCGCGACCGGCAUAUCCGCAUGAACCACCGAAUAUGUUUAAAUGAACGU